CAGGAGGAACGAAAGAUUUCAUCACUUAGAGGUUACUUUAAAAUGAAGUUAAACAAUGGCGCAUACAUUUUUAAUGUAGGACAAAAGUGGUUUGAUAGAAGAACAGGAACUGAUGGCCUUAUUGAAAGACAUCAUGGAGCGUGAUGGAACGGUAAGAUAUUUAUGAAUUAUGUAGAAAAAUCACAAAAUUUUGUGUCCAAAAUUAGUUGGUGCGAAAUUAAAUUUGAUGAGUUUGACGCUUAGGCAAUAUGCAUUAACAUCACCCGUGACAAUGUUUCAUCACCUAAGGCGAGAUAACUAUUCAUUUAGGAUGUGCCUGAAGUGGCACCUUCUUAGGAUGUGAAACUUGAAAUUGUAAUAGAGAUGUCAUUUUGUACAUUGAGAUGGGAUUCUUAAGUUCAUAACAUUCAUGGUUUCUAUUGAUCUAUUUUGACAACAAUAGUUUUAGAGGUGCCCAAAUCCAGGCUAUGAAAAUUGAACGGCAUCUCAACCAUCUGCAUGUGGAAAUACCAUUAGUGUUUCCACUUUGCCAAAUUGAAAUUUACUGAAUCUAACCAGAAACAGAAUAUUUUUUUGGCAACCAACUUUUUAUUUUUUGUCAUAUCUUGUUGUCAUGCAUCCAUGCUGCAUAUUAAUUUGCUACCCAAAAAUGACAGGCAAGGCCUGGUCGCAUAGCAUGAGAAAGGCUUAUAUUGCAAAACACUUAUAUUUAUAUACUAUUUUUCUAACCCACAGAACCCCAGUCUGUCUGACUUGGAAAAUUGCAAGGUUGAAAUCCUGAAGAUUGUUGACACAAACAAGGAUGGGAAAGUCUCUCGAGAUGAACUUUCUUUGUUGCUCUCGGCACAGUAGAGAACUUUACGAUAGCUUUAAAAAGCAGUUUUAAUAUGCUUUCAGCGCACGGAAAAUGUUUUCUUUGUUUAAGAAUUUAGAAUCUAGAUCUAUUUAUUAAAAGUAGUCAUUAUACAUGAGUAUUUAUUAAUUAUUUAAUUUAUUUAUAUUACCGUAUAUAAUGAAAAUAAGGGUAUAUAGUUAUUACAUAUUAUAUCAAAUUCACAGAAACUUUAUGCUGGUCUGGUAAUCUUGUCAUAAUGGUCUGAUUGUAUGUUUCAAAU